AUGAUAAUGAUGAUGGUAAAAAUUGUGAUAAUCAACAUGAAGAUCAAUUAUCAUCAUCAUUGGAAACGACACAAAAUCAUAAUCAUCAUUGUUGGUCAAAACAACGUUUACAAUGGAGUUUACGAACAUUACGUUCAGAAUUUAAAAUAAAAAAUACUGAACUUUAUUUUCGUCGUUAUCAAACCCGUUUAUGUCAUCGUUGGUUUACAAUUGUACUUAUAUUGAAUAUAAUUGUUUCAUUUACUGAUUUAUUAUUUACUUUUCAUCAAAGAUUUUAUGAAAAUGAUGAUAAUCAUGAUGAUUCCUAUCCAUUACAGGCAAUCAUUCGUUUAAUAACAUUAAUUAUUUAUAUUUUAUUUCUUUUGGCCACUACAUAUAAUGAUGAACGAUGGUUAAACAAUUCAACAUUUAUACAAUCAUUUGUUGCAUUUAUAUUAUUUAUAACAAUGUUUUUAGCUGAAUAUGGUACAUUUUUUUGGUAUUUUAUUUCAACAUCAUCAUCGACAUCAAAAUCGACAUCGACAUCUACAUUAAACAAAUUAUCAACAACAAAUUUAUCAAAAACAUUUUCAAAUCAAAAUGAUCAUAAUGAUGAUCAAAUGAAUACAAUGAAUACAAUACGUUUAUUAUCCAGUUGGAAAACAACACGGCCAAUAUUUUUUCUAAUAUUUUGUAAUGAAAUUUUAUUACCAUUUCCAAAACGUCUUUAUUCAAUUACUUGUUCAACAUUGGUUAUUUUAUUAGAAAUUAUGAUUACAAUAUCUUGGUGGCCAUUAUAUUAUACGUUGGUUAAAGCUGAAGAAACAAAUUCAACAACAAUGUCAACAACAUUAUCAUCGAUUUCAUCAUCAUCAUCAUCGACAUUAUUGAUAACAUCUGAUGCAAUAUUAUCUACAAUGGUCAAUCAUACAUUGAAUCAAAUGUUUCAACCAUUAUCAUCAUCAUCAUCAUCAUCAUCGGUUUUAAUGAAUUUAUCAUCAACAACAUCGGAUCCAUUAAUACCAUUAUCAAUACAAACAGCAACAACAAAUACAUCAUGGCAAUAUUUUUAUCAAUGGAGCCAGGCAAUUCGUUAUCGUGGAUUUUAUCUAUUAUCCGAUAUAUUAUUCUAUUUAUUAGCCGGUUUAGUUGCAUUUUAUGUAACAUAUUUACUUGAAAUUGUAAAUCGUCGUGCAUUUUUAGAUCAUCGUAAAUGUGUUGAAUCAAAAUAUAAAUUAACAUUUGAAAGAGAUGAACAGGAAAGAUUAUUAGCAUCAUGUUUACCAAAACAUUUAAUGAAAAAAGUACGUAAUGAUAUACGAUCAAGAUUUACUGGUAAUUGGUCAUCAUCAAUAUCAUCGAAUCGUUCGAUGAUUAAUAAUAAUAAUACUGUUAUCAAUGUUGAUGGUAAUAAUAAUAAUGAUAAUGAUGAACAUCGAAAUCAAAUACAUUCAACAAAAUCCAAUAUUGAUCAUCCACAUCAUCAUCAUCAUCAUCAUAAAAGUGGUUCAAAUGGUUCAAUUGGAAGACCAUUUAGUGAAAUGUAUAUUGAUAAAUAUUCAAAUGUUACCAUUUUAUAUGCUGAUAUUGUUAAUUCAAUGGCAUUAACACAAACAUUACAAUCACCUAAAGCAUUAGUUGAAGCAUUGAAUAAUUUAUUCUGUAGAUUUGAUUGUCGUGCUGAGAAUCAUGAUUGUUUACGAAUAAAAUUAUUGGGUGAUUGUUAUUAUUGCAUUAGUGGUAUACCGGAUGAUGAAGAUAAACGUCAUGCAGCCAAUUGUUUACGGAUGGGUCUUGAUAUGCUCGAUAUUAUCAAGGAAUAUCGUCAUGAAACAGGAAUCAAUGUUGAUAUGCGUAUCGGUAUACAUACCGGUAUGAUAUUAUCCGGUUUAUUAGGUUUGAAAAAAUGGCAAUUUGAUAUAUGGUCAAUCGAUACAAUGAAAGCAUCACAAAUGGAACAAGAAGGCCGGCCCGGUUUUGUACAUAUUACAAUGGCUAGUUUACAACAAAUACCGGCCGAUAUAUUGAAUAAUUUAUUAAUAAUUGAAAAUCAUGUACUGAAAAAUGAAACAACCUAUCUGAUACAACGAAAAAUUGUUCAUAAAUCAAAUAUUGAAAACAAUAAUAAUAUGACUAAAAAAAUUGAAUCAUCAAAUUAUUUAAUAGCCAAAGAUCAACGAUCUGAUUGUACAACAAAUUCAUCAUUAUUAUCAUCAUCAUCUGUAUCAUCAACGACAUCAUCAUCGAUUGAUCCACAAUUACCUCAUCAUCAUCAUCAUGAUCAUCAUAAUUAUCAAAUUGAUAAUGAUUGUCAACCAUGUCGUCCUAUUCGACAAGUAUCAAUAGUUGAAGAAGAUGUUUUUACUACAAAUACAACAACAACAACAACAACAAAUUCUUAUCAACAAUCAACAUAUCGACAUAGGAAUUGGUCAAGACAAGAUUCAUCACGACGAAGACCAAUGUCUGAAGUGAUCAACUCAUUACGAAAUUAUGGUGAAAUGAUUCGUUGUUCGAAUGAUUCAUUAUCACAAACAAUUGAUAAAAUGUCAUUCAAUCUAAAACGACAAUAUGAUAUUAAGAAUUCAUUUUUGGAAAUUAAUCCAAUAUUUUUAUAUUUUAUUCAUUCACAAUCACAACAACAACAACAACAAAAUCAUCAUCAUCCUGAUCAACGACGACAAUCAUCAAUAUCAACAACAUCAUCAUCAUCAACAGCAACAACAAGUUGUUUAUAUGAUGGUGAAUGUAGUGAUAAAUCAUCAUCAUCAAAAUCAAUAUGGAAUCAUUUGAAACGUAUACAUCGAAUCGAUCUCAAACGUGAAUUAAAAUAUCUACAACAAGAUGAUCAUCUAUUUCCAUAUUAUCUGAUUGCAUCAUUAAUCAUAACCAUAAUGAUAAUUGUGAUACGUUUUUUAACACUUUAUGAUUAUGAUUAUUAUUCAAAUAAUAAUAAUGAUGAUCAUUGGCAAAGAUUUUUCUUUACCGAACGUGGUAAUUGGUUUUGUUAUAUGGCCAUAAUAGUUGCCAUUGUUUCAUUGAUCUAUACAUUGACCAAACAUAAUCAUCAUCAUAAUCAUCAUAAUCAUAAUAAUCAACAAAAACAAAAACGACAAAAUCAAAUGAUUUGUAUUGAAUUUCGUAUGUUAAUUUGGUUAUUAAUAUCAACAUUAUUAAUAACAAGUACAAUAAUGGAUAUGUCACAUUGUUCAAUGGCACAAAUGCAAGAAAUAAAAAUUCAUCAACAUAAUGAUAAUCGUACAAUAAAUACUAUUGGUAAAGAAUGUCUUUAUAAAUGGUCACGUUAUUAUACAUAUUCAUCAAUAUUGGCAAUGUCAUCCAUAUCAUUAUUUAUACGUGUAAAUCUUUGGUUUAAAUUUGCAUUAAGUACGGUUGCAUUAUCAACAAUAUCAUUGAUUAUACAUUUACAUCCAUGUUCAAUAUUUUUACGUAUUGAUCGUUUUUAUCAAUUACCUCGUAAUGAACAUUAUGAUCAACAACAGCAAACAUUAUUUGAAAAAAAUCAACAACAAUUUUUUGGUGAUCUAUUAACACCAACAAUGUCACAUCUACAUUAUCUAUUUAUUGUUUAUCUAAUGUUUCAUGUACUUGAUCGUCAAAUUGAAUAUAUUUCUCGGUUAGAUUUUUUAUGGGCACAUAAAUUAAAACGUGAACGUCGUGAAGCACGUUUAAUGCGUGAAGUAAAUCAAUUAUUAUUGAAAAAUAUUUUACCAAUUCAUGUUGCACAAAAAUUUUUAACAAAUCCUGAACAAGCAAAUUCAUUAUAUUAUGAACCAUAUGAUUCAUGUGCGGUUAUGUUUGCUGCAAUACCGAAUUUUUUUCGUUUCUAUACUGAAACCAAAGAUAAUGAUGAUGGUUUACAAUAUUUAUAUAUUCUUAAUGAUAUUAUCUGUGAAUUUGAUAAGCUAUUAAUAUUACCUCAAUUUAAACGUCGAAUCGAAAAAAUUAAAACAAUCGGAUCGACUUAUAUGGCAGCUGCUGGUCUUCAACCAGGUCGAGCAUCAAUUGAUAGUUCGAUUACAACAAAACAAGAAGUAACCAAUCUUGUUAUAAUGAUACGUUUUGCCUUAUCAAUGAUGCGUGUUUUAAAUCGUUUAAAUUCAAUACCACGUGAUGAACAAACUGUUAAUCAAUGUUUAACAGCUGAUCAACAUUUUCAAUUACGUAUCGGUAUUUCAAUGGGGCCGGUUAUUGCCGGUGUUGUUGGUGCUAUUAAACCACAAUAUGAUAUAUGGGGUGAUACGGUUAAUGUUGCAAGUCGUAUGGAUACAUAUGGUGUUGUAAAUAAAAUUCAAAUACCGGAUUAUGUUGCCAAAGUACUAAUUGAUCAUCAAUUAUUUCGACCAUAUUCACGUGGUAUACAAGAAGUAAAAGGAAAAGGAAAACUUGAAACAUUUCUUAUUGAUUAUAAUGAACAUGAUUGUAUGGAAUAACAAUUGCAAAAUGCAAUCAUCCGGUGACUUUUUACAUUGUACAUAUUGACAAUCAACAAACAAACAAACGAAAAAACAUUGAUCAAAACACAAAAUGUGAUAUUUAUUUAUUUAUUUAAAUGAUGAAAACGAAACAAACAAAACAAAAAAGAUUUUCUUCAGAA